AUGGCCCUUUUGGCCAAACAUUCAUGUAUACGACUACAGUACUUACCCGCUUAUAAGAACCUAUUUUUUCAGAUUUAGCCUAAACGGGUUCUUAUGUAAAUGGUGUUUAGUGGAAUUUUAGGCUACAGAGGGUCUUAAAUAGGUUCUUAUAUAAUGAGAAAUAUAUUAUACAUCUGUAAAUGGUAGAAAGGUGGAAUAUAUAUUAAUUUAAUGACACAGGCAUGACCAAUUUUAGUAGAUACAUUCAGUAUCAAGCUAAAACUAAAAGUUCAUGUAUUAAUAUAUUCCAAUGAAAUAGAUAUGUAUAUAUAUACUUCUGUCCAUGUGCCUGAAUAAAAUGUUUUUUUUUGACAGAAGAAGUUAUAACUGAAACAUUUUCCAUGAAAUAAGAACCUGUUUCAAAUUUUAGGCUAAACAGGUUCUUAUGUAAAUGGGGUCUAAAUUGAGAAUUUUAGGCUAACAGGUUCUUAAAUACAGGUUCUUAUAAGCGGGUAAGUACUGUAUUACAAGUGGAGAAAUUCAUGUCAGCACCGUUAAAAUUCACCUCAGUCUUUUACAGGACAUCUCCAUCGAUAACUGAAUCAACGGGCUCUUACAUUUCCCUGAAAACUGUUGCAAGCAUUCAAAAUCGUACGCGCUCCCUGGUGCAGGCCUUGCGAGCUGCCAAAAACGAACAGUCGAGAUUGAUUCGCCUGGAAGAAUUCAACGACCAUAUUCUUCGCUAUCAGGGUGUCAGUAGAAGUCAGGCCAUUCGAGAGAAGGCGAUAAGUACUCUGUUGGAUAUCAGAAAGAAGGGCAACAAGGAGGUGUGCAAAGAAGCUCAAAAGGCGUUGGUCUUGCUGGGCUGGGUGGAUCCUGUUAAAGGAACAGGAAUCAAGGUUUUGUCGAUUGAUGGCGGAGGAUCCAGGUAAGUUUGAAGAUAAAGAAAGCUGUGAUUGGGUGGUGGGUGUUGCAGAGGAGAGACAUCAAUAGGUAAUUUCCGAUUUGCCUCAAUACUCUGUUUCAAAACAUGGCUAAGAGCAAAGUCAUUGAUAUGAUAAUGGUUUUUUAUUCUUAUGCAAAUAAAACUCAUUUCCACUAGGCCCCGGUUGUUCAAACAUUGAAUAGUGCUCUCCACUGGAUAAAUCUCUAUCCAGCUGAUAAGUAUUAGGGAAACCAAUUGCACUAUCCACUGGAUAGAGAUUUAUCCAUGGGAUAGUUCUAUCCACCUUUUGAACAAGGCCAGGAAAGGGCCAGGAAGGUUAUGCACUAAGCAUCAUUUUGAAUGUGAAAGGCUUUGGAACUCGGAAAUGGCCUAUUGGCUAUUUUACGAUGGGAGGCUCACUCAACCUGGUAAAGCGGGGGCAGAGGAUGACUCUGCUGAAACCUCGUUAUAGCAAACAAAUUUUGCCAGUUCCUUGGCACCUUGUUAUAUCAAGGUUCUGCUGUACGCUGCUAGAUAUUUCUUUACACGCAAUCCAAAGUAAUACCAUUAUGGGUAAAAAUAGAUGUUAAUAAGAUCAUUGCAGUUGAAGACUCAACUCAUGCAGGUGUGAAAAGAAAACCUGAAAACUUCAGGCUUGCUGAGAUUCAAACCCUGACGUCUGUGAUACUAUUGCAGUUCCCCAACCAGUUAAGCUAAGUAGCCAACUGGUAGGCGGUCAUUCUUAAGUCUUUCAUAAAUUAUUGUAAACAGGGUACAGCAUGCACGAGUAGAGAUGUUUGCAGAUAUCUAGUUUGUCAUUGCUCAGGUCAUUCUCUUUUCUCCGCUGUUGAGGGGCUUUCUCUUUUUUCUUUUCUGGGUAGAGUAGUUUAAAUGAUAGUGGGUAAAACUCCAGCCUAGUUUGUUACCUAACUCACAGUUUACUAGCAGGAUUAGAGCUUUAACGACUCUUCAAACAUUUCUGCCCUUGUUUCCACGACACUGUUCUCUUUUAGUUUCCUGUCCCCCCUGUUUCCCACUCUUUUCUUGCUAGUACCUUUGACUCUAUCCAAGUCCUGCAUGCAAGGCUUUUCAGUGAUUGUUUUAUUUUACCACAGUUCACAGUUCUGCCGCUAUUUGGUAAUGAAAGUAUUAUAUCAAUCUAAUUUCUCUUCUACUUUUUCUUUAACAGAGGCUUGAUGGCCAUUGAAAUUCUUAAAAGAAUCGAAGAUUUGUGUAACAAAGAGAUUUAUGAACUGUUUGACCUGAUCUGCGGAGCUUCCACAGGUGCUAUUCUUGCAUUCAUGCUCGGAAUCAAGAAGAUUCCACUGGAGGAAUGUGAGCGUAUCUACAGAAAACUUAGCAUGGAUAUAUUUGAACAGAAUACGCUGAUUGGAACAGGGAAGUUGUUCUGGAAUCAUGCUUAUUAUGACACUACCAAGUUAGAACAGAUCCUUAAGUAAGUUCACUUGUUAUCUAGGAGACUUUAAUCAUGAACAAGCACGGGAAAUGAAAAAAUGAAAAAUGGGAACAAAACCUAACUUGAACCCCAGCCCUUUCAGUAACUUCAUUCCCCCCCCCCCCCCGGCGGUGUGGGGGGUACUGCCAUAUAUGGGCUAUAUAGGUAUGUGCCGCUGUGAAGGGUAUGGUUUUCAAGCAGUUUACUCUAGGAUAGGGUAUAUAAAUCAGAGCGUUUGGGUCUAGAGUAGGAUAUCAUUUUUCAGGAAACUGUUCAGUUGGUUGAAGAUUUUAUCUAGACUAGGGAUUGUGGUAUAAGGUUUUGUUUUGGCUAGACUACUGUGCUAGUGACCUCAGUAGGUUCUGGAAAACAGCUACUCUAGGAUAGGGGGGAUUUGGGGAGUUUACUCUAGGGUAGCAAAAUUCAGUUGAACUAGCUCUGGUAUAGGUUAAGGGUUCCAGGGUCCCAGUGGCACAUCCCCACCCAGAAAUUCCUAAAGUACCCCCCCCCCCCUCGGAUUCACCCAUUCUAUCUUUUGUUCCCAUUUCGUAUUUUCCCAUUUGCCGGGGUUCUUCCCCAAUUCAGCAUUCCACUUUUUACUAACAUCCAGUCUUAUGCCCACAUUGUGUUGUGUCUAACAGAAAUGAAAGUGGAGAGGCAAGGCUGAUAGAUUCUGCGAAGGACAAAACUGUGCCAAAGGUACUUUAUUUUCUAGUUCAGCACCCAGUAUGGUUUCCAUUAUGGUAAAUGAAGAUAAGUUAACUGUUAUUAUUUUAGCUUUCACUCAAAACAUCUACAAUAAUAGAUUUGUUAUUGUGGCUUCCCCUGCCACAAAUUAACUCCAUGGUUGAAGUUAUUUGAGUCUAAAUCUUGACCAUGUUAUGAUGCUGCCACUUGGAAGAGUUUAGACAAGUUCCAUAAUCACUUAUGAAUGUUUUCUAACAUAUGAACGUUCUUCACAAGGAAGCAGUCAUUUGAAUGCUUCUCAGUAUUUAAAUCAAGAAGCUUUAAUUUUUGUUAUGGGAGGGGAAUAAUAUUAUUAGUAGGUCAACAAAUCAAAAGACCCGUGGAAUAACUCCUGAAAUAGGACCAUGUGUGGACGAAACUCCUCUCCAGACCCAUCAUGAAUAAACUGGAUCUCAUUACUUUGCCUGCCUUAUGAUUUUGAAAUAGAAACAAAGAGGUUACACCUGAGCAAUGUUUUUUAAAAAUAAUAGUGAAAAGGUAUUUUUGCUUUUUUUUUUUCCAGUCCACCUUUGUAACAGUUCAUUUGUAAAUUUGUCAGUAUAGGUUGCUGCAGUAUCCACAGUAGUAAAUCACUCACUCCUGAUGCCCUUUGUGUUCAGUAACUAUACACGCCCAUAUGGCUCCAACUCUAAGUUCCCUCAGAGCUGUAAGUACAGAUUGUGGGAGGCGCUGAGAGCCUCGACUGCAGCACCUGGUUUCUUUGAGGAAUAUAAACUUGGAAAUGAUAUUCAUCAGGUACUAGAAGAAUCUAAAACCUUUCUAAAUUAAGGUUACCUGGAUUCCUAAAGAAACAAAAAUUCCACUAAAGAGAUAAAAAUUUCUGUAGUGUCUCCUUUUGUUCAAUACACUCAAAAAGGUCGCAUUUUGAGCACUGUGUUCCUCACCCCUGAGAUGUUUGUCCAAGCGGCCCAAGCUGCAGGGAGCAAUAAGAGGUGGCUGGGCUUGCAGGCUAACACCAGCCCCUCUUCAGAGCUAUUCACAUGGACAAAGGGAUAGUGCUCAAACCAUCUGACAGCUUCGGAAGCUUUUUACUAAGUGUCUUGAUUGUUGAUAAAGCCACAUUUUCAUGUUUCUCUGUCUUGAAGUUUAUGCAACCAAAGGUGAAUGACUAAGCUUACCCACUUUAAUGAAUGAAAGGAUUUAGAGUUCUUAAAAGUCGGGAGCAAUAUUGUUUUUGCAAAAAGUAAUCUUCAACAUUUUUUCAAACAAGCAAACGCAUGCUGGUAUACAGGUAGGUAUGGCACUGGUGGUCUAAUCCAUCUGUUACAUUAUUCACAGGAUGGUGGUCUUCUCACAAACAAUCCCUCUUCUAUUGCUAUUCACGAGGCCAGGCUUUUGUGGCCUGAUGAACCAUUUCAGUGCAUCGUCUCCAUUGGAACAGGGAAAUACAAGGGGAGAUCUGGGCCGAGUGCCGUGGAGUUCAGCAGUCUUCGUGAGAAGCUUUUAAAAAUUGUGGCCAGCGCAACAGAUACUGAAGGUGAGUUUUGAAAAACAGGAAAGAAAGAUCUUUUAAAAAGCUCUCAAGUUUCUUUCCUUUGAGCUCAGUAACUGAUCAUACUAAAUGGUAUAAAGACUAUAAAGGCUUGUGGGUUGAAGCAGUUGGUAACAGGACAGUUAUUCAAAUUUAAAAUAAAAAAUGUGGAAACAAAUCAGCUACUAAAUGACUGUUUUGCCUGCGAAAAAUGGACCCUUCCAGUAGCCUGAAUUUCAUCGGAAGUAAUCGGACGAAAUUCAGGCUACCCUUCUAGGUAUUUUUCAACUUUUGAUAAUGACCAAUUAGGAAAAAUUUUUGAACACUACUGGAAAGAGCACCUUCAGUGAAAUGAAAUUGCAAAGUUUGAAAAUGAUACAUAUUACACGAGCGAAGAAAAUUUUAUGAAUGUUUCUAUGGUGGGGGGGGGGCGGAGGGGGCACAAACUUGCCCCUAACAUACAAACGUCCGUAAAAUUCGCGAGUUUGAGAAGCUUUAUCUUCGUUAGUUUUCAACAAAGGACACACAAACUUGGCAAUGUUACUUGCCAAUGUUAUUAUUUUAAGGCGCUUUUUUUGCAAAGCGGAUGGAUUUUACCUUAUUUAUUUUUUUUUAUUUUAAGUUGAAAAAAAAAACAUGGAAAGGUUUAUUAACAAAGGCUCUCAAGAUUGUGGUAUUCACCUAUAAAGUUUUUGCAUAACUGAUUCGCAGCUUUGCAAGAGGAGACUCAAUCUUCUGAAACAUUGAGCCCUGCUUUAAGUACUAAAACAGUUUGAAUCAUUCCCAUGUAUGAAUUUCAAACUAUUUUCCUUGCAGCUGUGGACAUUGUAUUAAGUGACGUUUUACCGAAGUCUGUUUACUUCCGUCUCAACCCAAACAUGUCAGCGGAUAUACCCAUGGAUGAAGGGAGAAUAGAAAUGUUAGAACAAAUUCAGUUUGAUGCAAGAAGACAUUUAGAGAAGGCAGAUGAGAGUUUAAAGAAAUGUGCUCGGGUUCUACUGCAGGACAAAACUUUACUACAUCGUUCUUUAGAUAAGUUCCGAGUGUGGUAUAAAGAUACGUAAAAAUACAUUGUCCAAAUAGGAAGAUAUCUUUAAUUCAACAUGCCAAAAAAAUGUACUUGCACAAACAAUUGGAGUAGACGUAAUUCAGGAUUUCUUUAUGAUUUCUGAGUACUGUUUUCUCUCUUUUUGUCUUCCGUCUACUAUUCUCUUGUUUGUUUCCUGUUUCCUUUUCUAAAAAGAACCCCAUGAGAUGUUGAUUUUCAACUUGCUUACUGGUGUUCGUCAUUUAACUUAACAGAUUUUGUUAUGCUCAAUUCAAAAAUG